UGGUAAUAACCAUCUGUAUACUCCUGCUACACUUAAAAGUCCUGUUUAUCCCAGUUUAUACCUUAACUCUAUAGACUGCAACUGGAUUAUUUCUGCCACCAAUGGAUCAAGGAUUCUGUUAACGUUUUCAUAUUUUUCGUCGCAAAGUCAGUCACGUUGUGAUUAUAAUUAUUUGGACGUUUAUGAUGGUGGCUCCUCGUAUGCACAAAAACUUGGACGAUAUUGUGGAGACGAAUCAAAACUAAGUCUGACAUCAUCUGGAUCCCACCUCUUUAUUGCAUUCCACUCGGAUGGUAUUAUACCAAAAUUUUUUUUGAAUUUCUCAAAUACAGUUGAUAUUUUAAAUGCGUUCAGCAGUGAAGACAAUACAACUAAAGUGGUUUUCGCUGUCGUUGUUCCAACUUUCGUUUUACUUGCCGGGCUUCUCAUUGCUUACCGGCUUUACCAAAAACGAAGAAACGCACGGCGACAAGAAGUAUUCAAUAUCCCUAUACACGAGUUAAACAAAGCACGAAAAGCCUCUAAAGAUAACAUGGACAUUGUAUUUCCUGAACACCCAAAGGACGUGGACAGUUCCCCAAAGAGAAGAUUACCAUCCAUUCACGAACAUAAUAGUAAAGAAGAAAAACAGGAAGAAGAAAUCAUGUCUUAUAUUUGUGUCUUGGACGACUGGGAAAUCAAAAAGAAUGAUCUGACGAUUCUAAAUAAAAAGUUAGGUGGAGGAUGUUUUGGUGUUGUAAAGAAAGGACUGUUCACAAAGAAAAAGAAUGAUGAGGAACUUGUGGCUGUUAAAAUGCUAAAAGACGAACCAUCGGCGGCAGACCGCUCGGAUCUCUUAAUGGAGCUAUUUAUUUUGAAAGAAGUCAACAGAACUCCACAUCCAAAUGUCAUAAGACUUAUUGGAGCAUAUACCAUCGCAGAACCUAUCCUGGUACUAACCGAGUUUUGCUCACGUGGAAAUCUGCAGUAUCUACUAAAAAAUAGUCGAGUGUCAGUGACUGAUGACAAUAACGAGGACAUAUCACAAUACAAAAAUGUUUUUUCAACAUUAAGCCACAGAAAACUACUUCAGAUUGCUGUUGAUAUAGCAUGUGGAAUGAAACAUUUGGCUGCAAAUCAGUUUGUUCAUAGGGAUCUCGCAGCAAGGAACAUUCUCAUUUCAGCCAACUAUGAGGCGAAAGUGUCAGAUUUCGGUUUGGCCAGGCCAAUCACUGGGGUCGAACAAAUGUAUAUCAAGUCAAACAGAAAUUUAUUACCUGUGAAAUGGAUGGCAGUUGAAUCACUUACACGAGGAAUAUUUCGAACUUCAAGUGAUGUGUGGGCAUACGGUAUUGUACUCUGGGAAAUCACAACAUUAGGAAGGGAGCCGUACCCCGAUAUCUCCCCAUUCGAUACAUUCACCUUUGUCACUUCAGGAAAUCGUAUGGAGAGACCUCCUCAUUGCUCAGAAGAACUGUAUGGCAUAAUGAGAAAAUGUUGGGAAAACGAUCAGAAAGACAGGCCAUCCUUUGAAGAAGUCCAUGAAGAAGUCAAGGAAAUGUUGGAUGAGACGGAUGACGUAAGACACAUAUUUCUAAUUAAACUUCGUUUUUCAGUUUUCUUUGAAAGGAAUUAGCUAUGUAUUAUUGUACUCAAACUGCACCUUUAUACUCUUAUAUCAAUGCAGAUCACUCAUACAAUUAGUUGGUCAGAAAGAAUGUUUCUAAUUAUGUCCUGGAUUGAUAAUUAUUUGUCUAACAUGAUAUGGUCUUUAUUGAGAUUUUUAUAUUAAACUAUUAUUUUUUGUCUAAAGAAUCACGGGGUGCAUUUAUAUACAUUAUUAUAUGACACGCGGUCUCGUGACUAAAAUGGCGUGCGCUGAUUGGUUCUUUGCCGGUCUCGAAUCCCCCAGUAUCAGACCGUUGCCGUAGUAACGGUCCGACGCUCAUAUUUUUGAACAAAAAC